CAUGCAAAUGGUUAGGUGACAGUUUAAGGUUAGAGAUCCAGGCCUUGGUCUUCACUGAUUCCCAUUCUAAGUGCGUUUAGUAUUUUUUGUUUUUAUCAAGCUUUCUAAAUGACCAUACGUACUCAGAGAUGUACGAAGGAAUUUAUAACGGAAGCCAUGGCUCAGAGGAAGAAGAAGUUGACGAAAAAGAAACGACGUCCAGGGAAUCGAGAGCCUGAUGUGGAAUCGGACGGUGGGGAAUUUGAACUCGCUGCCCAAAUAGACAAAGAUGAGUCUCACGGAAGAAAGCUGCCUCGUUUUCCCGCACCGUCGGAGUGCCUCUCGGACGUGGAGCCUGACACCAGAGAACUUGUCAGGGCACAGAACAAGAAGAAGAAGAAAUCGGGAGGCUUUCAGUCCAUGGGGCUGAGCUACCCUGUCUAUAAAGGCAUAAUGAAGAAGGGCUAUAAAGUGCCCACUCCAAUUCAGAGAAAGACGAUUCCCAUCAUCCUGGAUGGCAAAGAUGUGGUGGCUAUGGCGAGGACGGGAAGUGGAAAGACUGCCGCCUUCCUGGUGCCCAUGUUUGAGCGGCUGAAGGCUCCCCAAGCCCAGAGCGGCGCCAGAGCCCUGAUCCUGACGCCAACCCGUGAGCUGGCACUGCAGACCAUGAAGUUCACCAAAGAACUUGGCAAGUUCACGGGCCUCAAGACGGCACUGAUCCUCGGUGGAGACAGAAUGGACGACCAGUUUGCUGCUCUCCAUGAGAACCCUGACAUCAUCAUUGGAACCCCAGGCCGCCUUAUGCAUGUCGUCAUGCAGAUGAAUCUGAAGCUGCAGAGUGUGGAGUACGUGGUGUUUGACGAGGCUGACAGGCUCUUUGAGAUGGGCUUCGCCGAGCAGCUCCAGGAAAUCAUCAAACGCCUUCCGGAUGCCCGACAGACCGCCCUGUUCUCUGCCACCCUGCCCAAAAUGCUGGUGGAGUUUGCCAGAGCCGGACUGACGGAGCCAGUGCUCAUUCGUCUGGACGUGGACACCAAGUUGAGCGACCAGCUGAAGCUCGCCUUCUUCCAGCUGCGUGUCGAUGACAAGCCUGCACUACUGCUACACCUCCUGCGCAAUGUGGUGAAGCCUCAGGAGCAGACAGUGGUCUUUGUGGCCACCAAGCACCAUGUGGAGUAUCUGAAAGAGUUGUUGGCCUUGCAGGGUGUGUCGUGCGCCUACAUCUACAGCGCCCUGGAUCAGACGGCACGGAAGAUCAACAUUGGACAGUUUGUGCACCGCAAGGCCAUGGUGCUGCUGGUGACUGAUGUGGCCGCACGCGGUAUUGACAUCCCCCUACUGGACAACGUCAUCAACUACAACUUCCCCUCCAAGGCCAAGUUGUUCCUGCACAGAGUUGGUCGUGUGGCGCGUGCUGGCAGGAGCGGCACCGCGUACAGCCUGGUGUGCCCGGACGAAACGCCUUAUGUCUACGAUCUCCAUCUCUUCCUGGGACGGCCGGUUCAGUUUUCCCUGCCUGAUCAGCCACAAGAUGCUGACGGGAUCUUCGGCCGGGUCCCCCAGAGCAUCCUGGAUGACGAGGAAGCCCAGCUGAUCACGGCCCACGAGAACUCGCAGGACUUGCAGAGUCUGAGGCGCGUGGCGGAAAACGCCUACAAGCAGUACCUCAAGUCCCGGCCCACUCCUUCCCCCGAGUCCAUCAAGCGUGUCAAGAACGCUGAGCUGCAUGAGGUGGCCGUGCACCCCCUACUGGGGUCUGGACUGGCAAAGAUGGAGUUGAACCGGCUACAAAUGGUGGACAGUAUCAAGGGCUACAAGUCAAAAGCUACAAUUUUUGAGAUCAACUCCACCAGCAAGACAAUGGCCAGUGAGGUAAUGCGUGCCAAGAGGAAACGGCACAGUUACCUGGUGGAUAAGUUUUUGCAAGCGCGAGAGGACCGGGCGGAAGAGAAUCGGCUGACACGGCCUGUCCUGCCCACUACCCGUCCCACUGAUGAGAAACAGAGCGACGAUGAAGACAUGCAGGGAUUAUUUUCUGAAGUGUUUGGUGGAAAGAGGAAGAAAGAGCUGGCUAAGGAAGAUGAGGAGAGUGGUUUCGUGGCAAAGAGUAAGAAAAUCAGGCAGUCCUCUCGUGAGGAGGAGUUCUACAUUCCAUACAGGCCGAAGGACUUUGACUCGGAGAGAGGGUUGAGUCUUGGAGGAGAGGGCAGCAUGUUUGAGAAGCAAGCAUCAUCUGCCAUCCUUGACCUGAUGGGGGAUGAAGGCAACCAGCUGAACCAGUACAAGAACGUAAUGAAGUGGGAUCGGAAACGGAAGAGAUUUGUGCGUGACACUGGGAAGGAGGACAAGAAGAAGGUCAGAACAGAGAGUGGGCGGAUAGUCAGCACUUCCUCUAAGAAAAAGAAGAACUUCUAUGAGGAGUGGAAGAAGAAGUACAAAGUGGACGAUGGCGCCCCUGACUCUGAUGAGGAGACUGGAGGCAUUAGGGGCAGGAAGGCUGGUGUGGGAGGCCGCCGGGGGAGGAGAGCCCCCCAGCAGCAGAAGGGCGGUCCACAGGCACGCUCCGAGCUGAAGACAAGGGAACAGAUCCUGAAGCAGCGCAAGAAGAAGUCCAAGGAACGUUUCCUGCAGAGCGGCAGCCUGAAGAAGCUGAAGACCAAGAACCGGCAGCGCCUCAGUGAGGUUAAGAGGUCGGGCUUUGGCCGGGGACCCAAGAAGGGCAAGCUCAGGAAAAAGAUGUGAGCGGCCAUGGCUGCACCUGGAACUCACAAAAGGAAAUGAUGGGGGACGGAGACUCUUCCUAUAUCACGCCCAACUCUGGUUCAUCCAUUAAAGACAGCAUAUAUUUAUGACAUGAAUCUCGUGGAGCGCAGUUUUCUUAUGAUAGAUGGUUCCUGUUAUAUGACCAUUCAUUUUUGUUUGGGUCAGUUGUCAUUGAUUAUAGACACACUCCUUCAUUCCCAGAGAGCUUUUCAGAUCUUAACUUCAACAAGUAAUAAUGUCAACUUCAGAGGGAUGGAGAUGUUCUCUUUAAGCUCCUUUCCUCCUGCAGCUCAGCUGCAAAGGUGCCAUGGUGACAUGCUGUGGCACAUCGUGACUGGGUCUUGCUGUAUCUUGUAUGCUUAGUGUACUGAAGGUUACUGUUCGUUGUGAGGGAUAUCCUUUCAGCCUAAAUACUGUUAACAAUGUUUUUGACAGGCAGCCUGAUUUAUUUCACCACAUAGGCACAUCAUUAUUUAUCAGGCAAAACCAGAAAAUGAUUUAUACAACUACAUUACCAGAUAGUCAAGGGAUGCUUGUUAAGUAACAAUUUGUUUAGCAGUGAAUAGAUUUUUUUUUUUUUUAUUUCGAGUUAUAUUACCAAAACAUUUUCCAAUUAUCAGAAGUGGUUAAAGGGCAAAUCUAAUGAAAUUAAAGUUUGCUGGAGUUGUGUUACCGACCUUGGGCACGUUACCGAAGACUGAAAACCUUAAUGAGCCUGAAAAACCUAAAGCAGUGGGUGCCAACGCAUAAUACUUAGUAGAAAUCGGAUCACUCGUUAUUUUUCUUUUUGUAUUUCGCGUACAGACGUGUAAUUGACUUUUGCCUUGGAGGGUGAGCGCCAUGCUAUGACGCCCCGUUCAAAUAAUCUUAAAUGGGAUUCCCCGAUUACUUUUUUUUUUUUUCUUCGUAAAAGUUGCUCACUAUAAACAAGGUUGGAGUCCCCUGACCUAAGGGUUACAGUCACUAUAUAAAGUUUCAUUCGGGGACACCUAGGGGUACAGGGGAAUUUGAUUGCACGCACCUCUAAUUAUGGCGGGGUCACGCGCGGAAAUCGUUGCCAUGGCAACUACAACGGACAGUUGACUGCACUCUGCUUUACCGAAAAGCCCGCCGAACUUCGAGCGCUCUGCGGCUGCGCUUCACUGCUCUCUUGGGACGUUAUUUGCCUUCUCUGUGGUACAUACGUGGUAAACAUUAAGAUGUUUGAAACAGGGAUAUGUUUAGAUAUUUUUGAGAAUACUCAGGAGUCAGAACAGACAUCAUGAAACUGGGACUGUCCUGAUUUGAAGUAGGCAUCUAGUUACCCUGCUUAAGAUUGCCUGCAGGAACUGACAUUCACUGAACAACUGAAUGUCUCUGCUGUGGCUAUGUCAUCCUCCGGUCAGAGACAUUUCUUGAAGUACUACUACCAUUCUUCUGGCUCGCGUUGGACAUUCCCACCAGAAGCUCCUGGACCUCCCGUGGAGCGUCACGACAUUCAGAUCCGACACACCUCUGCAAAUGAUGCCCCAUGAACUCCGACCUCUGACCCCUCUUGCUGCACAGUUGCUCAACAGAGAUGAUUAGACCCUUAAGGCGUAGAGCAGCCCCUCCCCUGCACCCCAUCCCCUUUCAGCUCACUUGGCGUUUUCUCACCGGCUUGCAUCCUCACUAUGCUCCAUUUUAAUUAAAUCGGAGCAAUAAACACAGCCUACAUUCUGAAAGCGAUGUACCAUGUGGAGUAAACCACUCUUGGCAUCUGGGGAGGGGGGUACAUCCUUGAUUUCCUUUUUGUUUUGAUCCUUUGUGUGGAUGUGUAGCUAUGGAAAAAUUAGUUUAUUGAAGGCAAGGUUUUGAAAGUAGCCAUUGUUCUUGCGGUCACCAUUCAAUGUAUUACUGUAAGAUUCCAUGGAAAUGUCUUACUCAAAACUAAGUGAAAAGCCAGAGAAUGUUUGUAUUUUUCUCUCAUGCUUUACAAAUUCCAGUGUGGCCUGGCAUAUACCCAGUUGUUUAAGCUACUGCUAGAUGGAUAGUUGCAAUUGUACAAAUUUAUUUGUCACUUAUGUGACAUACUGCCUAUUUUAAAAGUAAAAUAAUGAUCUCUCACGUAAUAGAUUCACUCAACACCCAGCACCUGCAGGCCCUGCAGAAUAUAAUAUUUUUAACCGCAUGAUCGCCGUCAUCUUUUAAAAUUUUGUGUCUCCUGAAAAGUCCUUGGUUGAAUGUAGUGGAAAACCACAGUGGUGUAAUUUACCACAGGGCGGUGCUGUAAACUGUUGGUUUGAAAGUUUAACAAAAUAAAAAUGUUUAAAGGUA